AUGAAAUCCUACAGAAAUAAGCUGGAUAAUCGAUUAGGCGCUUGCAUAAUUGGAUGCUUGCUAACGAUAGCAACAGUGCUCACCAUAUACGGUCUGUUCCAUGAGACCGUAAACGAUCAUCUGGUUGAGUACAUCACUGGAACAAAGCAGAUCAUUGUUCAAUCGCUACCUCUACCAACAACACGAGCAACUACGUUGGUGCCUCGUAGCGCAGAAGCACUGCUGGUGGAGGAGUUGCUAGAAGGAGAAGGUAAUGAAAGUAUCAUAUACAAAACACAACCUUUGCUGGAGCCAGACACGUGUUUAGGAUCCGAGAAUGUGGAUCAAGUGAGGUGUUUAACGGUGGCUGAACUCGAUGAGGACUACGAGCAAUUGCAAGGAGUCCGCUUUCAUAUUCUUUAUUCAGUCUAUUCUCCUUAUCUCAUUAUCUGUUAA